ACGUGAAGGACAUCGACCCCGAGGGCAAGAAGUUCGACCGGGUGUCUCGCCUGCACUGUGAGAGUGAGUCUUUCAAGAUGGAUCUCAUCCUGGAUGUGAACAUCCAGAUCUACCCCGUGGACCUUGGGGACAAGUUCCGCCUGGUCAUUGCCAGCACCUUGUACGAGGAUGGCACCCUGGAUGAUGGCGAGUACAACCCCACAGACGAUCGGCCGUCCAGGGCAGACCAGUUUGAGUACGUGAUGUAUGGCAAGGUGUACCGGAUUGAAGGGGACGAGACCUCCACAGAGGCAGCCACACGCCUCUCUGCCUACGUGUCCUACGGAGGGCUGCUCAUGCGGCUGCAGGGAGAUGCAAACAACCUGCACGGCUUUGAGGUGGACUCUCGUGUUUACCUGCUGAUGAAGAAGUUGGCCUUCUAG